GUUUUAUUGCUCGCUGUGCCUUGGUUUGUAUGUUUGCUGGCCCUCUCAUUCCCUACUCAGAUUGCACUCGUGACACUCGACUCUAUCGUGACUUCAACUCUAUUUGGAUUUCAAAAAUGGCUACGAAUUUUGGCCAAAUUCGCGAUCAGUUGACUGACUUUAAUUCUUUUGGAUUAAUGACAACCCUAAUACCACCACCCCCCGAAGUUCAACAAUGUUGGCAGUGGAACACAGACUCUUCAGAAGUUCAGCUGCGAACAAAUUCGGGAAACUUGCUGAGAAUUCCCUCGGGAUGUCCAAUCUUUGAUCAAGAAUUACAAGAAUUUGAACGUUAUAUACCCCGAUCAGUACUCUCGAAUGACUUUGCAUCGACUCCAGCAGGGGGUCAAUUUACCGCAGGAAUGGCUGCAGAUAUUCAGGAAUUUCGAGUGGAUUUGUCAUCAAAUCCAGGAAAACCGUCCACGACAAGGAUUGCUUUACUUCGUAUGAUUUACCAAGCUGAUAUAAAGAAGAUAAGAAUGAGGGAGGAGGGUGGUAGAUUAGUUGUAAAUAAAAUAACUGGGCAGUUACAACCCUAUGACGCUGCAUAUCCUCAACCGAACAUAACGACGACCAUUCCUAAUACCAGUCAAGCCAGAAAUCAUCUAGAUAUUAUUGCAGACAUCAAUCUAAAUGGAGCGAGAGGAUUUUAUGGACCUCGGAGUGAAAGAUGUCGGCACGGAAAAUGUAAUGUCACAGGACCCUGUGUUGAUCAGUCCGCAACCGUGGAAUAUGGACCAGACCUACUCUUCCAACCCCGAAAACGAUUCACAUGUGAAGUAAAUAAUGUUGUUUAUUUACUGUAUUGCAACGAGUGCCUUCGUUUAGGACUCAGUACUACCUACUGUGGCGAAACUGAAGUAGAGGAAAAGAAUUGCCACCAACGCUUUGGACAACAUACGUACAAGUUUUCAACUCGAAGUUUGAAUACACGCUUCCCUAAGGGCACCAAUGAACGACUAGUCGCACUUCGAGAAGUUUUUCAAGGAGUUUUGGAAGGAGAUGAAGAUCCCGACAGAGUGAUGCAAGAUCCCUACUCUCAUUUCACUCUUGUCCACCCCCCCACAAAUGGCAAUGAUCAUCGUCGCUACGUUUUCAUUGAUGGGGGAUUCCCAUCAGUUCGGUCAAGAAAACUGUGUGAGAUGAAAUUUAUUAGUUUUUUUGGAGCAGUCGACUACAACUACAACACACAUUCGGGCAAUCUAAACCACAUGUAAAAACUCAUUGUUAUCUUACACCAUGAAUUAUUUAUAAGACUGAGAACUUAGCAAUUAUAUUCCUGACCUUAACCGAUGUAUUACUAAUUUAAAUUGUUUU